AUGCCGGAACCCUUUCCUUACACCUCCCCCGCCCCGGGGAUCGUCUACAGCACCGCCAUGGGACAAUUCGACAUCCGUAGCUACUACUCCCGCCUUCUCUCAGAGGACAGCACCAAAUCCAUGCCCAUCGCCGCCAUGGAGUCCCUCUCUGCGCUCUGCGACGCCUCCAAGGCCACCACCAUCCACGAGCUCCUCUCCUCCAUCGAGAUUGGCAGCAAGGCGCUCAUCGCCUCCGUGCCCAACAGCAUCUCCCUCACGGCCGGUUGUGCCAUGUUCACCAAGUUCAUCUCCGCCCACACCCACGACGACCCCCGCGAUUUCGGUGCCUUCAAGAAGAAGCUCCAGGAGAACGGACAUCUGUUUGCUCAGAGUGCGAGGGAGGCGAGGUUUAAGAUUGCAGCGCUGGGCGUGGGAAUGCUGAGGGAUGGGGAGGUGGUCAUGGUCCAUGGGUAUUCAAGGUGUGCGGUGGGCAUUUUGAAGUUGGCGGCGCAGAGGAACGUGAGGUUUAAGGUCAUUGUGACGGAGACGAGGCCGAGCUGUCAGGGGACGAAGCUGGCGGUGGAGCUUAGGGCGCUUGGUGUUCCUGUAGCUGUCAUUGAUGAUAAUGCCGUGGCUUAUGCUAUGAAGAAGUGCCGCUCUGUGCUGAUUGGGGCAGAGAGUAUCUUUGCGGAUGCUUCUAUUAUCAAUGUUAUGGGCACGCACCAAAUCGCACUCGCCGCCAAAAAGUACCACAGAAAAGUCUACGUGGCCACCGAGACACACAAGUUCGUUGACAACUUCCCGCUCGACCAGUUUGACAUCCCGAUCGAGCAGGACGUCAUCAACUUUGAUCCGCCGGCGGGCUUUGACGGGCCCAUGCCGCAGACGGAGCUGGGGUUUGUGGAUUAUACGGAGCCGCAGUUUAUCGAUGCGUUUAUUACGGAGGUGGGACUGUUGACGCCGGAUCAGGUGGCGGAGAGGAUUGUGGCUAUGAGGUUCCAGUAG